GAGAUCGCACGAGUUGAAAGCCGCUGGCAACACUGGACCUGCAGAAGAAGCUUUUCGCGUUUGCGGAUAAGCGCUUCCUCCUGAGAAUGUCUGCUACUUGCUAGAAAUCAGUGUCUCGUCAGCCUGGUGAUCGGCACGGCAUCACCAUGACCAUCUCAAGCCAGCUGGUGGUUCCCAUGACGCUGUGGGGCAAGAUUGCCCCCACCCACUGCAUGUCAUCCGUGUUCAUCACGAAGGACCAGAAGAUGAUCGUGACGGGUUGCAAGGACGGCCAGAUAUGCGUCUGGGACAUCGUAGACGGAGCUAAGAUUGUGCCCCGCAGCAUGCUGUUUGGCCACACUGGUCCAGUUCUGUGUCUGGCCAGUGCCUCUCCAUCUGGGGACGGCUCACUGCUGGUCAGCUCCUCCGAGGCUGGCGAAAUGUCCUUGUGGGACUUGACGGAUGGCAGGUGCCUGGAAAACAACAAGCUUCCCUACGUUCAUACGCAUAUGCAGUCCCACAUGCUUUCUGGAGGUGAAACCUCGUAUCUGUUCUGCAACGGCUACUACGCGGAUGUCGUCGUCCUCGACACCAUGACGUUGACUGUGGCCUUCGAGCUGGUGUCGCGCAUUUCUUCAGACUGGAUCAGUGCCAUGCACGUUAUUAGAACACCUACACGAAAUGACGAUGUCGUCGUAGCCAUCUCCGCUUGUGGCAUGGCCAAGGUAUGGACCCUGUCGCCUGAGAAUUACAAGUCUUCCAGCCCGCUGUACGAGGGGGAGUCGAUGACCCUCAAGUGCCUGAACGCCCUGUGCCUGGCAUGCUGUGCCUACAACCAGCGCACCAUACUCGUCGUGACGGCCAAGUGUUGGCAUAUCUACGACGCGUACGACUUUGCACUGCUUUGCUCGACGGACAACCGACCGGGCGAGCGAUGGAUGGGUGGGGACUUCAUCUCUGCUGACCGCGUGUGUGUGUGGAGUGACAAGGGUCGGGGUUACCUCUAUCAACUGCCAGCCAACAAACUGAAGGGAAAAGCAAUUAGUGCCAUUGCCGACAGCAGAGAGUUCCGUACGGGACCCAACUCCGAAGACAACGCUUUCCUCUUCUGUGUGCUUGCUGUUCCCAACGAUGAGAGGCUUGUGUGCCCUCCCGCCAUGGGAUACUUCCUGGGCACGCGGGGCGGCUUUCACAAGGUGCUCCUGAGGGGAGACUCAAACGGUCGAGUUGUCCUGUGGAACGUUGUGGACGUGGCCGCUUCCGACGUAGCUCGCAUGCGCCAAGAGGCAAAUGCCGUUGUCCAAAUGGAGCCAUUCCUGAGCCUGGCUUUGCAAGAGGCUUGGGACGAAAUGAAGCCACCGCCUCCAGGCAUUCUAGACAAAAUGGAACUGCCUGGAGAGAGCCAGGAGCUGAAGCUCACUGCCAGUGUCUACCUACCCCUUCAAGGACGCCUAGUGGUUGGCAGGGAAGAUGGCAGCAUCGUCGUUGUGUCGGCCACCCAAGCUGUCAUGCUGCAGCUACUCUAUGGGAAGCAUCACCAUGACGAUCACCCGCAGCACCAGCUUCUUCAUGGCCACACCGGUCGUGUGACUUGCCUGCUGUAUCCGAACCACGUGCAUUCGCGCUACGAGAUUGCCCACCUGGUGUCGGGGGGUGUGGACUUCUCGGUCUGUCUGUGGGACUUGUACGCUGGCACCCUGCUGCACCGAUUCUGUGUCCAUGCAGGCGAGGUCACCCAGCUUCUAGUGCCUCCUAGUAACUGUAGUACACGAGUGCUGCAGAGCAUCUGCAGUGUGGCCAGUGACCACUCGGUGGCGUUGGUCAGCCUGAAGGAACGCAAGUGCAUCAUGCUGGCCUCUCGCCACCUGUUCCCCGUCGGUGUGGUCAAGUGGCGACCCUUCGACGACUUCAUGGUGGUCGGCUGCUCGGACGGCUCGGUUUACGUCUGGCAGAUGGAGACCGGCCACCUGGAUCGAGUGCUGCAGGGUCUGGCAGCAGAGGAGGUUCUGAGUGCUUGUGACGAGCACACUGGGCACCCGGGAGAGCGCAUGACCAACCCGGCGGUGCAUCUGUUCCGGGGUCUGCGCCACCGUAACAUGGCUGCCAUCCGGCAUGCCGCCCAGCGCGGACUGCACCACCUGCAGCAGCAACACCACGCUUCGCACCACCCCUCACCCGGACACCAGCAUGGAAUGGGCCAUGAAGUGGGUGACAGUGCCCAUGCUCGUUCCCGUGCACACCCGCUCAUGAUCCAGGGGCUGAGGACCAACCCUGUGGAUCAGGACAGCCACGUGCUCUUCUUUGACAUUGAAGCGCUCAUCGGCUCCCUGAAAUCUCUGAAAGGAAAGAAAUGCCGAGCUUCCUCCUUUGGUCAUAUGGCCACUGCUAUCACUUCCCAAGAUGCAUACGAGCUGCUGGCUGAAUUCAAAGUGCAGCUGCUCUCCGAAGAGUAUUCGGGAAUGUCGCCGGGCACACUGGAAUCUCAGGGCCUUAUCAACCAGUCCGAGUACCAGAAAUACCUCACCUUGUCCUCGUCGCCCGAGACGCACAAGAAGCUCUCAGGUUUCAUCGCCAAAGUGAAAGACACCGCAGAGACUGCAGCAUCGAAAAUCCAAGCCAAGGCAGAAAGUGUUGGCAUUAAGACAUCUCAAACGGAUGCAUCUGCAGGCGGCAAGCCAGGAGAUCCAAAGAAUGCAGCGGCACUGGCGGCCAAGCAGAAGCACCUGAGCUUGGCCGAGACCAACCUGACCAUGGAGAUUGCUCAGCUGCUGCUGUCCCUCCUGCACGCUUGGGGGCUCGACAACGAUCUCGACAAGGCAUGUGAGGGAACACUGGGCCUGCUGUGCCCCAUGCGUCCCAUCUGCUUUGGCCUGUUGUCAAGGGGCAGCCACAUGAGCCUGCUGCUUCCGACCCACACGUACCGCAUACUGCCCCCAUCCCAGGAGACUGCACCAAUCAGUAGCAAGGAGCGCAAGGUGGUGACCAUACCCGUGCCCAAGGAGCAGAUCGAAGAAGAGGAGCGGGCCCGACGCUUCUCGUCCAAAGGCCACUGGGAGUUGUCGACGGCCGUCACGACCAACCACCUGCUGUCGGUGAUUGCCCUGGCCAACACCCUGAUGUCCAUGAACAGUGCCACCUUCGUGCCUGAGCAGGAGAAGCGCCGGAAGCUGCACAGGCGCCUGAGCCGUGCGGAUAGCCGUGCCUUCAUGAUGUCACCCGGUGAAGGAGGCGGCAGUGGUGGCAGUGUGGACAGCAGUGGCGCCCUGGCUGUGAUCCAGGAAGUGCUGUCGCAGCAGCAGGCUCACAUCAAGCAAGGCUGGAGCUUGCUGGCUGCGCUGCACUGCGUCCUGCUGCCUGACCUGGUGCACACGCCCGACUUCAAGAGGCCCCAAGUUGAGAUGCUUGCCCGCCGGUGGCAGGACCGCUGCCUCGAGGUACGUGAGGCAGCCCAGGCACUGCUGCUCGCGGAACUUCGGCGCAUUGGCCCCAAGGGUCGCAAGAUGGUGGUGGACGAGUGGGCUGUCUACCUGCCGAACUACGGCGAGGCCUUCCUUGCGUCGAGUGCUGGGCCCACUCCACCGACACCUCAGACGGGUCAGAUGCCACAGCCGGCUUCCAGCGUGGCUGGUGGCAGUCCUAGCUCCGUCGCAAUCGAGGGUAAUGUGGCCAGCUACCAGGUAGGGAGUGCUGCCAGCAGCAGGGCCUCCUCUGGAGGAAGCACACCCUCAGGGCCCCAGCCCAAGGCUGAGACACAGUCGAUAAGAACCAGCGAUGGGCAGAACUCAUCGGAGGAAGAAGACGAGGAGGAGAGAGAAGGUGGGGAGGCGACCACCAAGCACGCCUGGAGCGCUGCCGAGGCCCGCCGCAAACAGUCGACGGCCAUUGUUCUUCUGGGAGUGAUCGGCGCAGAGUACGGUCACGAGAUUGAACAGAGCAAGCGGAAGGGCACCGACGACCAGAAGAAGAAGUCCGUCGUGGAUGGAUUUGGGCCCACCAACUACUCUCUCGCGUGGCACACUAGCCAGGCACUGUCGUAUCUGCUGCUGACACCUGCAACUCAAGCUCUACCUGCACAUACGUCACUACGCCGAGCGGCCAUCGACCUGAUCGGUCGGGGCUUCACGGUCUGGCAAGCACACAUGGACGUGUCCCGGGUGCUGCUUGGCCUGCUUGAACUAUGCUGCGAUUCGGACAAGCUCGUGCCCAGCAUGUCGUACGGGCUGCCGCUGACCCCGGCGGCAGAUUCGUGCCGCACAGCGCGGCACGCGCUGUCCCUGAUUGCGACGGCGCGUCCGCCAACGUUCAUCACAACGCUGGCGCGCGAGGUGCACCGCUACAACACGCUCGCUCAAAAUGCACAGUCGCUCAACAUAUCGCUGCACCAGACGGUGCUCAGCCGCGCACGCCCCGAGAUCCUGCGCAUCGUCGAGCUGCUCAUCGACAAGAUGCAGACGGAAGUUGCUGACCUGCUCGUCGAGGUGAUGGAGAUUGUCCUGCACUGCCUUGAUCCUACGCAGCUGAAAAUGCGUGGGCUCAGCGAACUGUUCCCUGCCAUCUGCAAAUUUCACAAUGUCAGCUACUGUGGGGCAACACGCCGCAUUGCUGUUGGAGCUAAGAGUGGCAACCUGACUAUAUACGAAUUGAGGGCCUCAAAGUCACAGAUAAUACCGGCCCACUCAACAAGCGUUGUUGCCUGCACAUUCUCUCCUGAUGGCAAAUACCUGGCCACCUAUUCCAGUGGGGAGAACAAGCUCUGCUUCUGGCAGACUGCAGCCGGUCUGUUUGGGCUGGGCAACGCGCAGACGCGCUGUGUGCGCACCUACCCGACGCCUCCACUGCCGGACAGCGUGCGUGCCAACUCGCUCAAGAUGGCGUGGCUAGUCUGGAUCACCAGUCGCACCGUCAGCCUCAUGCUGGCAGAUGGCUCCGAGCACCGAUUCACCCUCAGUUAAUCCACUUUAUUCCUCUUCGCGGGAAAUACAUACCGCCUCCGCCGUUUGUUACAAUUAUGGCUGCGUCGGCGUCGCAGCCUGAAGGUCAGGGGUGCCUCAGCGCAUCAUGAUGUGCUUGUCAGUCAUGUGCUGCCAGUGUGUGUCUAUUACUAGCGAAAAAAGGUGUCAGAUGUGGAAGUCUUAACCGGGAAUCUCUACGCCUCCUCCCCCACCCUCCAAAGCACUCAUUGCUGUGUAUUCCCACAAAUUGACACUUCCCAGCUUGCAAUUUGUACCUUUUAGGUGCCUGUAGUUUGAUUUCUGGAACGAAUCAAAGAAAACUGUGCAGCAUGAAAUGCAUUGUAUAUCGUUGCUUGUUAAAAAAAAAGCGUGGGUCUGUCUCUCUUGUCUGCAAAUUGACGGAAGAGGCCUAUAGGUUAUUAUUUGUCUCAAUGGUAUAUGAUGACAUAAGGUAGCAUCUCAUAGUCUGGAAAUGAAAAACUGCGCAGUCAGUUUGCCUGCAAUGUGCUGCGUCAUUGUAUGGACAUAAUAUAGGAUCCGUUGAAUUACGAUCAAGAAUGCCCAGAGUGAUGCUUUUUCUCGCAGCUGUUUAGAACUCUUCCUGUGUAUAGAGGUGCCGUAAUGAUGCUGCUCAGAGCAGGCCACUACUGUGUGGAUCAGAAAUGCUCGGUCUUGUCGAAAUUAAGGAAAAUGUGUAACUUAUUACUACUUGCUGUGGAAGUAGUUGUUCACCCUUCUUACAGUGGCAAAAAAAAAAUGCAAAAGAAGCAAAAAAAGAACCAGACAAGGAGGAAUGAAACCUUCUUUCCUACUGUUUUCUUACUUGCUUCUGUGCCUUUCCACCUAAAUGAUAUAAGAUUUUAUGGCUUCACUGCACUCCAUCCGUAUGCAAAAUAUGGUGGCUCAGGGCAGCUUUCUGGGCCAUGCGCAUUUGUGCCUAUUUAUAAUGCAAUGAACGGCAUGAAUGACAGGACGAGGGCCGUGUCGUAUUUAUUUAGGCAAAAGCCUUAGAUGCCACAUCAAACGUGAAAAGUGACCAGUGGCGGUGUCAACACAAGCUAUGCAAGAAGUCACGUGAUCAGAGAUUAAAACGUCACAGAUCACCAAAAUUUGUGACGUCAUUAUGACGGCGCUAUGACAACACAUAACAUGACGUCAUAUGAUGACUAAGUCAUCACAUGGUCAUAGGUGGGGUGAUCCUGGAGGCAGCGCAAAACUAGCCGAGGUGCAGAAAGCUUGCAAUGCCUCCGAUUCUGGAUUCAACGCAGAACCAUGUAGAUGCAGAAAGCUUUUGGAAUGGGUGGGGGGGAUCAAGACAUCAAUUGACAAGAAAAAGAUUAAGAUGGUGGCUUUCGCCUUCGAGUCGUCUUAGGCAUAUGCAUAAGAGACCCUUUGAGCCUACACCUUUUCUUCAUAGCUUCGGCAGGGAAUGCAAUUCUUGCACCGGUCAGGCAUAACGGUGGUUACCCGCUAAAACUACAGACGAUGUCGCAUUCACAUAAUCUUGUACAUUCAUUAAUAUGGCUGUUACUUUUCACUCUCCAUCAACCUUAGCUUUUGAUCUGAUUUGUGUUGUCACUGGAGGUUAUUACCUCAUCGUCGCAUUCCCAAAGAUGGUUGCACGUGUUGUUCAGUAUGCAAGCAACUUAAAAUAAUUUUAGCAAUGGUAUCAAUAGAUUCUGAGCAUCCUAUGUUCAAAAUUUUGGGCUCAGUGAAAUGUCUUUCAUUCCCGCAAACUUUUUCACCUCGAUAGUUGGGGUACAUGUCACAGGUUGAAAGCAUAGAAGACGAAGACAGACUGUUGUAAGUCAGUGCUCGUGUGUGUCAAGCCUCUUCUCUGUAUUCGUCUUCUGAGCUUUCAACCUGUGUCAUGCCAAACGAACAAGCCCAAACAGUUACCCUAGGGGUGCAUGUCUUGCGUGAGUAAAUGUGGUACACCCAAGAGAUACAUGCAUUAUUUCAUCAUCUGCGCUGUUAGCAAUAUUGAACACUAACCCACUAGCCAAGCUACAAGCUCUCUUCAAAAAGGCACCUCAGAUUCCUUACUUUAUUUGCAGAUCUGUUUCCUUUAUGCCCCGAGAAAUCAUUUUAUUAUUGAUGCUUUAUGAGCAUGAUAAUGCUACCAUAUUUAAAACUGCCUUCUGAUGAUGCCAUCUUUUAGUGUGGCUCCUCUCUACUAGUUUCAAGCAACUUUUCUUUUUUUCAAUAUGAUAUUGCACCUCUGCAGAUGUUAUCAGAAAUCAGUUAAUCACAAUUGACUCCUCAGAUUAGCUACUUCCUAGUGCUCAUUAUAAGAUGUUCUUAUCACCUGACGCCGUCAAUAAGAGUGACUAGCACUCCUAUUGCUAUUUACUGGCUUUUAAGCCAAAGCCCAGAAUAAGCUAUUUUCAGAAACGAUUGUUCUUGGGCAAGUUGGUUGAUCCUUGCAGAAGUAAUCAUGCGCAAAUAAAGUGCAUGCAAAAGACAGAAGACAAAAGAGGGGCAGCAGAACUUUUCUUAACAUUCUUUUUGUGCUCUUCUGUUAUCUUUUCUUUACAUUCUCAGCUCUAUUGGCAUUUUGCCGAAUUCCUCGAGCAUUCAUUUUUCAUACAGUACUGGCCUGCUUUACGGAUGGCAUGAUGAACCUUAGCACAAACAUAAGCAACGCCCGCAAACUCUGGGUUGAUGUGUCGUAAGCCAAUUUAGCAGCUCCAAGAGAGAGUGCCUGCUAGGAGGCAUCUUGGUGUCACUGGCAAUUGAAGGAACACUGAAGCGAAAAAUGAUAAUAGUAAAUUAAUGUCUCGCAAUACCAAAGGUGCCACUCUUGCCGCAAGAAGGCACUUGGCGAGUGCAAUAAAAGAAAAUGCAGGUGAUGCCGCCGAUUUGAUCUCUGUGUGACAUCACAGACUUAAAGUAGCAAGCUUCAGGAAAUUUUAUUUAUCCACUUUGCCCAAAAUACAAAAGAAAAGACUCUUGAAACCCAUGACGUCACACUGACAUUCUGUUUGCUGAAGUUUCUGCGCAAAGCUCAACACGAAAACUUGGACCUGCAUUUUUUCUUCUAAUAAUGAACCUAUGGUGGCAAAAUUAGAGCAAGAUUCUCAAAGAAUAAUUCAUUGUUAUAAACUGAUGUAGCGCUUCGCUUUAGUGACCUUUUGAAACCUUGUCCUGGGUUCAUCUUUUUCAGUGAUAUCAUAACUAGUGCAUGUUAAUCAGCUAAACCAAUGGUCAAGAACACACAUUGCUCAGCUAAGUGUGGUGCCAGAUGCGAUGUCACAUGUCAGCGAAGGUGUGCCUAAGAAUGAUAGCGUGAGUGUUUAAUCCUAGAACUUACAGUCUCGUGAGGAUGGCUUGCAGGCACACAAUGUUUUCACACUGCCUCUUCUGGAAGAAAGCUUUGUACAAGCGAUGCCUUGCUGUUCUCUCAUUAAUGCAUUUGUAAGCUCUCAGUCUAUGACAAAUGACCUGCCGUUUAAGAGGCUCUGCCUGAAUGCUUAAGUGAACCCUUUUUUCACAUCCUGCUCUGAAUUGCGGCAGAUGUUGUGUGCUUGAAGAUUGGAGCAAUAGGGCAGUUUGCUGUAAAGUUAGUUGAGCCAGAAUGACCAGCUGAAAAUUAAAAUCUGUUCGCAGCGCGUAAGUGUAGAUUUUUAACUACAAAGCUUGAAAAUAAGAAUAUUUAUCGAUGUCUAGCCUUUCUUUUGACGUAAAGCAGUCGAUUGUGCCGAUAGCUUUGACUCCCUGGGCUUUCUUUGUAUUGCCUAAUGAUGAGCUUUUUUUUGGUUGUCUUUUUUUAUUCCCUUGAAGCUGUUGAAGAUGUCAUGUGGCAGUUGCAUGAAUUAAUCACACCUGUGCCCUGACACUGUACAGCUUUGUAUGUUCCUUGCAAUGUAAUGUUUAAAGUCUCGUGCACAAAUGGAAUGUUGUACGAUUCCCUUUAUAUAUUAUAGGCACUUUUUACUGAUAAUUGUGCUUGUGUUGUCUGCAAACACUUCCUAGCAUAGGUUUAUUUUUUUCGGUACAGAUAUUGUUUUCUAAUGUUUGUAUACGUUGCUAGAGGAGCAAAGGUAUACAUUGUAAAUUAUGUCAAACUAUUCUCGUCCACUUCGGUAAUACCAGCCAGUUUUAAAUGCUGCUUUUGUGAUGAUGUUAUGCUUCUACUGUACAGCCUUGUUUCGCUGAACAUAUAAGCUUACGUUGCGACCUGAGCAAGUGCUCUUUUUUUUGAACGGUGUGCAGUAAACGGGUGGUAGCUGAUGUAUAGCUUUAGGAAAUUUGCAUGUGUAGGACAGAAAAAAAGAAUUAAUGCUUUAGACUUGUCUUUUCUUUGCUGGCUUAUUGACAUGUAAAUGUGUAUGUUCUUUUUGCAUGCUACUUUGUGGAUAUUUGAAGUGUACUCUAGUGCAUGUCACCAGGGAACGUAUCCACUCCCUAUUAUUACUUUGCAUGUGUGGCAGUUUGCAUGAUAAGCCAAAGGCAGCCUUAAUUCUGCAUCAACUUAUGUGGAAAUUUCUGUGACAUUCCCAGUCUGCGGGGCGCCCAUGAAAUUGAGUCAAGCAUCUAGUAUAUCACACAGGCACAGAAAAAAAAAGUGAAAUCCCAGUGACCAUCUUGUGCUCCGAAGAGCAAAUUGCGGAUAUUUAUGGAACUUCAGUAGCGAAAGAGAUGGGCAUUUAGAACUGGGCAAGAGGCCUAUACUAGACAGAGCAGACAACUCUUGAUAAAAUAAAGUGUUGUUUUGUUUUUUCACUAUGAACCCCAAGCUAGCAGUCUAUUGUGAAACAUCUUGACUGGUAGACAUGCAUGAAAAUUUUAAAUAGGACAAAUUGGUCACAGCCUGCUUGGACAAAGAUUUUCGUUUGACGAUUCCAUCUUGCUUUUUUUACACUCUUGAUGGUCCUUGUCCUUUAAAACUAUGGUGGUCUGCCCCUUUUAUCUUUGUUGUCGUUGGCUGUCCUUUUCACAUCUUCUGGGCCUGAAAACUCUUGCGUCUUCUUUAUUUGCUCUCACCGAUAUUGUAUUUGAAUUGAGAUGCUAUUCUAGAUUCAUGAUUUCUGGGAAAUACUGCUUUCAACUUUCGUCAGCAUAAUCACCUAAGUUUGCCACCUCAUUGGACUGGAAGACAUCUCGUCUAUUGGCUCAGCCAGUUUGAUUCUCGCUAAUGGCGGUACUUGCAAAAAUGACUGAUUAGGAAUAUGACCUCUGUCGUUGUUUUGUAUGUGCAACUAGAGAUAGCCCAGAAUUCUGCCAACUGCUCUUUCUUUUCCAUCUUUUUCCUCCCAGUCACAUACAUUUUACUUGUUCUCUAUACUCGAGUAGGCAGGUAUUAUGUUCGAGUAGGCAGGUGCGUAUAUUCUGCAACAGCCUGCAUCUCAAGUGUCAGUGUCUCAAGAACGCUGAGAGUCCACUUCAUUUUUCACAUUCUUCAUGUCGCUUUCAUUUUUUUUGCUUUCUUGUCCUGACUACCCAAGAUUUGCUGAAGAUGCUGCACGCAUUAAUGGCUGAAGUCAGUGCAUUGAAAAGACAUGCUAAGCAAUUCAAAAUGACAAACUGAAGAGUGCUAUUGCCUCGAUUACUGGAUGAUGAAAUGUUAAAUGAAUGUUAUGAAGAGAGCAGGUAAACGUGGAAGGUGGUCAAGGUCGUUUCCGGACGUGUCAGAAGGGAAAGGAACGAGACAGAUAAAGGUUGUGCACAUUCUUGACUCCGUCUCUGUGCUUAUCCUACAGUAUCACCAUUCUUCAAUGAAACAUUUGCCACAGCUUCUGAUCGAAAAUUUUCACACAUCUUCACCAGCUAGCUAUGAAGCUAAUUUUUCAAUUAAGCAGCUAAGCACCUUAAACAGCUCCAUUUUCACAUUACAGCUGCAAGCAAUGACCCCUUGGAUUUAAUCGCGCACUCAGCAUUGCCUCUUGCCUCGAAUGGGAUGGACUUUAACAGCCAAGCUGUUGUUGAGGGGGUGAGAGAAUGCUGGAAUAGCAUGGAAGCGUUAAUGUCAAUGCCACAUAUGUUAAUGUGGAAAGCUUUUCUUCUCCCCAUGUUACGCUGCUCUUCAUCCUAUUUCAGCACAAUGUGAACGCAGAAAGUCUCAGCACCAACACGUUAAAUUGAUGGCACUAAAGGUUAGGCUAAUUGCUUUACACGACUGAAAAUGUAAAAGUAACGAUGCAGACAAAGGUAUAAAGGACAGACGCUGCUUGUUGGGAAAAAUGGUAGUGCUUGUUUGUGAGGCAUCAGCUUGAGGAAUUUGUUUCAUUCCCCUGCUGAAAUGUGUGUUAUAUAUUCUAUUUAUGUGUGUUUUUGGCUCACAUUUCUACAACUUUUAUGGAUACAUUUCUUAGCAUAUUCUAUUUGUGCUGAGCUCAAGGAACCGGUUUGGAGCUUAGUUGCAACUUAUGCUUGCCUUUUCUUUUUAGUUCUUUAUGAGCAAAAUAUCUGUUGAGAACUUCAGAAAAAGGCAGGAAGUGAAAAUUAUGUAAGAACUCUUAAUUAAAUAUGCUGCUCCUGCAUGCCGCGUUUUCUUUUUCUGAUACUGUAUUUGAGUAAUUAAUAGUUGCUCUCAUCUAAGGUAGCGCAAGAUUAUUUUUCUUUUUCACUAUGAUCACAUGUUAGUUCGGCUAUUCAUUUAUGCAAAUGCAAAAGAGAGCGAAAUGUUGAGCUUGAUUCUUUAGGUAGCAUUCAAUGAACUGUGUAGAAAUUGUGCACGAAAAAUGUCCCUCCGGGUCCUUUUUGGUGUGCAAGCAUGUAUGUAUAGUAUGGCUUAUUAAGAUGUCUGUAUAGAUUUAAGACUGUUGUCCUAGGUUUAACCAAACUCUACAACUGUUACUUGUUUUGAAGAAUGCCCUGAUGAAAAUGUGUGUUUUCCUGUAACUAAAAUGCAGUGACUAUGAAAUGACUGGAAAGCUGAGCAUGCGUGUAAAAUGUAGGUUGCUGUUCGUAAGAGCCAUUAAUACUUUCGAUAUCUCCUUAGUGUAGAUGUGGAGAGCUAUUUGAACUGUUUGAUAAAGCUCUUUCGGUUCUUGUAUUCAUUUGUGCUGCAUUUGUGCAACUUUUUUUUGUACCUACUUGAUGUUAGGCGACAUUGUAGGAAUUCAUGGAACAAAAAGGCAGGCCUUGAAGACAUUGACACGAGUAGAAUAAGUUGUACAGUACAUACUUCCCAUUCUAUUUGUGUCUACAUUUAAC